AUGUCUGUUAAACCAACUGUCUCUGAAAGUGUAACUACAACUGUUUGCACUAGUAGUUUGGAAUCCCAAGAUGGCCUUUACUCUGAGGACACAGACAGACUUCUUCCGAAUCUGACAUCAGCAGUUGAGUCUGUCCUGGCUGAUGAUUACCCCUCACCAGCUGGAAGUUAUCUAGAAAAGUAUGAAAAAGUUCAUCAUUUUGGGGAGGAGGAUGAUGAGGUACAACCAGGCAAUCCAAAGCCACAACUUCCUAUUGGUGCAAUUCCAACAUCCUAUAACUACCAGCAACACAGUGUGUCAGAUUACCUUCGUCAAAGCUAUGGGCUGUCUAUGGACUUUAACUCACCAAAUGACUAUAAUAAAUUGGUGCUUUCACUGUUAUCUGGACUCCCAAAUGAAGUGGACUUUGCAAUUAAUGUAUGUACUCUUCUUUCAAAUGAAAGCAAGCAUGUUAUGCAGCUUGAAAAGGACCCUAAAAUCAUCACUUUACUGCUUGCAAAUGCUGGGGUGUUUGAUGACACUUUAGGAUCAUUUUCGGCUGUAUUUGGAGAAGAAUGGAAGGAGAAAACUGACAGAGAUUUUGUUAAGUUUUGGAAGGAUAUUGUUGAGGAUAUUGAAGUUCGUGAUCUAAUUUCUGACAGAAGCAAAUCUCAAGAUAUUCCAUCAGAAGAAUGGAUUUGGGAAUCCUUGUUUCAUCCACCUCGCAAGUUGGGCAUUAAUGAUAUCGAAGGGCAGCGGGUACUUCAGAUUGCAGUGAUUUUACGUAAUCUUUCUUUUGAAGAGGGAAAUGUUAAACUUUUGGCAGCUAAUCGUACUUGUCUUCGGUUCCUGCUACUCUCUGCUCAUAGUCAUUUUAUUUCUCUACGGCAGUUGGGGCUUGACACGCUGGGAAAUAUUGCAGCAGAGCUUCUUUUGGAUCCUGUUGAUUUCAAAACUACUCAUCUAAUGUUCCACACAGUUACAAAAUGCCUCAUGUCAAGGGAUAGAUUUUUAAAAAUGAGAGGCAUGGAAAUCUUGGCAAAUCUUUGUAAGGCUGAAGAUAAUGGUGUCUUAAUUUGUGAAUAUGUGGAUCAAGAAUCCUAUAAAGAGAUCAUAUGUCAUCUCACGCUACCAGAUGUGCUGCUGGUAAUCUCAGCACUUGAGGUGCUAUACAUGCUCACAGAAAUGGGAGAAGUGGCCUGCUCAAAGAUUGCUAAAGUGGAGAAGAGCAUAGAUACAUUAGUAUGUCUGGUUUCUAUGGACAUCCAGAUGUUUGGACCUGAUGCACUUACUGCUGUAAAACUCAUUGAACACCAGUGCAUUAGCCAGCAAGGAGUACCUGAUGUCAGACCACAAGUAAUGGAUCAUGGUUCUUCACAGGCUCAUGCAACAGGUGUCCCAGCCUCUAGGACAGCACCACAUGUUGCUCCACCACCGGGAAUAGUAGAAAUAGACAGCGAGAAAUUUGCAUGUCAGUGGUUGAAUGCACAUUUUGAGUUGAAUCUUGAUUGCUCAGUCUCUCGAGCAGAAAUGUACUCUGAAUACCUCUCUACCUGUAGUAAAUUAGCUCGAGGUGGAAUCCUAACAUCAACUGGAUUUUAUAAAUGUCUGCGAACUGUCUUUCCAAAUCAUACAGUGAAGAGAGUAGAAGAUCCAAGUAACAAUGGUCAAGCACAUAUACAUGUGGUAGGAGUGAAAAGGAGAGCUAUACCACUUCCCAUUCAGAUGUACUAUCAGCAGCAACCAACUUCGUCUACCCCAGUUGUCCGGGUUGAUUCAAUUCCUGACGUAUCUUCGUCUCCUUCGCCAGCAGGAAUCCCGCAUGGGCUACCAAGCGUAGGAAAUCACUAUCAGAGGACCCCUAUUAAUCAAGCUUCAACUUUGACAGCAACACAGAUGUCUUUUCCAAUUCAAGGUGUUCAUACUGUGGCACAGACUGUUUCUAGAAUUCCACAAAAUCCUUCUAUUCAUACACAGCAGCAACAGAAUGCUCCAAUGACUGUUAUACAGAAUAAAGGUCCAAUACCCUGUGAAGUAGUGAAGGCCACAGUAAUACAGAGCUCUGUUCCCCAGUCUGCAGUUCCUGUCACUAUUGCUGUAGGAGGAGCACCACAAGCUUCUAAUCAAAACCACAGCACUACAGGACAACAGCCGUCUGUUACUGUUGUUAGUUCUCAGACGUUGCUUCACCACCAACCUGUAAUUCAACAACAGUCUCCACUGCAUGCAGUGGUACCUGGACAGAUACCUUCAGGCACUCCUGUUACGGUAAUUCAGCAAGCUGUACCUCAGGGUCAUAUAUUUGGGAGAGUACAAAACAUACCAGCAUGCAGUUCAGCAGUUUCACAGGGUCAACAGCUAAUCAGCACAUCAUCACAACCUGGGCAGACAUCGUCUCAGCAGUCCUCUGCUGGCAACCAGCAACAAGAUACAGUCAUCAUAGCACCACAGCAGUACGUCACAACCUCUGCAUCUAACAUUGUUUCUGCCACCACAGUUCAAAAUUUCCAAGUAGCAGCUGGGCAGGUGGUUACAAUUGCAGGUGUCCAAAACCCACCAACAUCUAGGGUAGGGUUUCAGAAUAUUGCACCAAAGCCUCUGCCAUCUCAGCAAGUUCCACCCACUGUGGUACAGCAGCCAAUGCAGCCACAGCAGCAGCCUCCACCACCAUCCCAGCAAAGCGUCGUGAUUGUAAGCCAGCCAGCUCAGCAAGGUCAAACGUAUGCACCAGCCAUUCAUCAAAUAGUGCUUGCUAAUCCAGCUUCUCUUCCCACUGGUCAAGCUGUCCAGUUGACUGGGCAGCCAAGCAUUACUCCAUCUUCUUCACCAUCCCCAGGUCCGGUUACAAAUAAUCAAGUCCCCACAGUUAUGUCAUCUUCAUCUACCACUUCUCAGUCACAAGGACCCCCUCCUACUGUCAGCCAGAUGCUUUCUGUAAAGAGGCAGCAGCAGCAGCAGCAGCAACAGCAACAUUCACCAGCAUCAUCGCAGCAGCAGGUACAGGUACAACAACCAAUACAAAUGCAAGUUCAGUCACAACAAGCUAAUACAGGAGUUGGCCAGCCUAAUUCUGGUGAGUCUAGUCUGAUAAAACAACUGCUUCUUCCAAAAAGAGGCCCCUCAACUCCAGGGGGGAAGCUUAUACUCCCAGCUCCGCAGAUUCCUCCACCUAACAAUGCAAGGGCUCCUAGCCCUCAGGUGGUUUAUCAGAUGGCCAAUAACCAGGCACCAGGUUUUGGAGUUCAAGGACAGUCUCCAACUCAGCAGCUGCUAGUUGGACAGCAAAAUGUUCAGCUGGUCCCAGGUGCAAUCCAGCCCCAAGGGGCAGUACAAACAGUACCCAUUUCUAAUUUACAGAUAUUGCCAGGCCAGUUGAUCUCAAACAGCCCAGCAACUAUUUUCCAAGGGACUACUGGCAACCAGGUUACGAUAACAGUUGUGCCAAAUACGAGUUUUGCUACUGCAACUGUGAGUCAUGGAAAUGCAACUCAAAUCAUUGCGCCAGCUGCAGUCAGUGGAGCACAGACAGGAGUUGGGCUACAGGUGCAAACACUUCCAGCUACUCAAGCACCUUCAGCUGGACAAUCACCGUGUACUGCUGCUCCCCCAUUCAAAGGUGAUAAAAUAAUUUGCCAAAAGGAGGAAGAAGCAAAGGAAGCAACAGGUUUACACAUUCAUGAACGUAAAAUUGAAGUUAUGGAGAAUCCUUCCUGCCGAAGAGGAGCUGCAAACACCAGCAAUGGGGAUGCAAAAGAAAAUGAAAUGCAGGUGGGAAGUCUUUUAAAUGGGAGAAAGUAUAGUGACUCCAGUCUACCUCCUUCUAACUCAGGGAAAACUCAGAAUGAGGCCAAUCAGUGCUCACAAGUCAGUAAUGGGCCAUCAUUAGAAAUGGGUGAGAACGGAGCUCCUGGAAAGCAGAACUUUGAACAAAUGGACACACAGGAAAUUAAAAGUGAUUUGAAGAAGCCCCUAGUUAAUGGAAUCUGUGAUUUUGAUAAAGGAGAUGGUUCUCAUUUGAACAAAAACAUUCCAAAUCACAAAACUUCCAAUCAUUUAGGAAAUGGUGAGAUAUCUUCAGUGGAACAACAAGGGAAUUUGGAUGCCACGCAGCAAGAUACUGCCAAAGGUGAUCAAGGGGAAAGAAUUUCUAAUGGGCCUGUAUUAACUUUGAGUAGUUCACCUGUUGUAAGCGGUACACAGGAGGCUGCAAAACUGUUAACUCAGCAACUUAGUGGUACCAACACUGAUUUACCUAAUGGACCUCUAGCUUCAAGUUUGAAUUCAGAUGUGCCUCAGCAACGCCCAAGUGUAGUUGUCUCACCACAAUCUACAGCCUCUGUUAUACAGGGGCAUCAAAUCAUAGCAGUUCCACACUCAGGACCUAGAGUGUCCCAGUCUACCCUGUCAUCCGAAGUUCGGUCUACUAAUGGCACAGCAGAAUGCAAAACUGUAAAGAGACCAGCAGAGGAUAAUGACAGGGAAACUGUUCCAGGAAUUCCAAAUAAAGUAGGAGUUAGAAUUGUUACAAUCAGUGACCCCAACAAUGCUGGUUGCAGUGCAACAAUGGUUGCUGUGCCAGCUGGAGCGGAUCCAAGCACUGUAGCAAAAGUAGCAAUAGAAAGUGCUGUUCAACAAAAGCAGCAGCAUCCAACCACGUAUAUACAAAGCAUGGUCACACAGAGCACACCUGCAACGUCGAUACCAACAGUGCAAGUACAGGGCCAGCAGAUCAAUUUGCAGCCACCUUCGUACACUGCAGCAAGUCAGCAUGCAGAGCAAAUGAAAAAACCUGGACAGAACUUCAUGUGUCUGUGGCAAUCUUGUAAAAAGUGGUUUCAAACACCAUCACAAGUUUUCUAUCAUGCAGCAACUGAACAUGGAGGAAAAGAUGUCUACCCAGGGCAGUGCUUAUGGGAGGGAUGUGAACCUUUCCAGAGGCAGAGGUUUUCCUUCAUUACCCAUUUACAGGAUAAGCACUGUUCCAGAGAUGCUUUGCUUGCAGGAUUAAAGCAAGAUGAACACGGACAAGCAGGAAAUCAGAAGCCUUCCAAUAAGCAGCCAGCUGUGGGGGGUACUGCCUCUACUCCCAGAGCACAGAAGGCCAUUGUGAAUCAUCCGAGUGCUGCCCUAAUGGCAUUAAGGAGGGGAUCAAGAAACCUUGUCUUCAGAGAUUUCACAGAUGAAAAAGAGGGACCAAUAACUAAACACAUCCGAUUAACAGCUGCCUUAAUAUUAAAAAAUAUUGGUAAAUAUUCAGAAUGUGGUCGCAGAUUGUUAAAAAGACAUGAAAAUCAUCUAUCAGUGCUAGCCAUUAGUAAUAUGGAAGCUUCCUCCACACUUGCCAAAUGCCUUUAUGAACUUAAUUUUACUGUCCAGAGUAAAGAACAUGAAAAAGACUCUGAGAUGCUGCAGUGAGAAAAGUCCCUCUUGUACAUCGGGACAGAGAGAUAGUCAAACACAUUUCAAAUACUGUUACUGAAGAAAGCACCAAGUCUUAAUGGAACAGAGACCAUAGAUUGAAUUAUUUUAUCUCCUCCCGUGAUGCUGAGAGGAAGCUUUGUAUUCUGAUCACUCAACGAAUCCCUUUGUUCUGGUUAGAAAAAGGAGGGGAAAAAAACAAACAAAAAACAAACUGCCAUGGGAUUUUCAACCAGCUGUCUGCAGGAUGUCUCUCAAAUCUGAUAAAUCCUGAAGGAAACUGGUGUGAUCAGAAUUCAGUACCAUCCACAUUGGAAUAAACAUGGAAUAUUGUAAAACCUACAUGAGCAGAUGAAAUAGAAGCAUUAAAUAUUUUUAUCUAUAUCCAAAAAGGAGCACAUUUUUAUAUUUACGAAACCGUUUAAGCUGGUUUGAAUAAAAAAGAAAAGUUUCAGCACACCUGUAACCCCCUGGUCUCGGAGGGUGCCACCAGUAUCUAGCUAUGGAUUGCGUGUUUUGUUUAGAAAUCAGUAGCUUGGUUUUCUUACUUGAGCCAAUAUAUUUUCACUUAUUUAUUAUCAUAAAAAUUUACCAGUCUGAAUAGAUCUUGUAAAUAUUUGUGAAUAGAA